CUGCCAGAUUCCCAACCUCUCCUGCCAGUCCCACCAAGCAUUUCCAGAGGAUCUGAAAGAGGAAACCUGGGUGAGACUAGUCCAUCAGCAAUCAGAUCAUAGAUGAGAUUUAUUCCCCAGAGGGAGGUGUGGUAAUAAACUCUGCCCUGGCUAAUCAUCAUGGAGACCAGACUUAUCCAGAGGGAUUUGUGAGUGAUCUGAAUCCUAUUCUGGAUGGCAACUCUUCACUGGGAGUUCUGCUUGUGCUUUUUCUGCCUCACCAGCGAUCCUGAGAAAAGGAAGGCUCUUUGUGUCAGCACUGGGAUAUUUCUUCCUGGGAACACUCCAUGUCAGUGUGAAGCUCACCUCCCAUUUCUCACUGCUUCCUUGCCUUUGGAGCUAUAAUGCAGCAAGACACAGCAGUCUCCUGCCCAUCUCUCCUUGCUGAAGCUUACCUGCUGCUCCCAGAUCAGACCCUUUAGAGCCAAGCUUGCCAGUUUGGAAAGCAUUAAGGUGGCUCUCCUUGGCCCUUGGAGUUCAGUACUGUGGCUAGCUCCCUCCACCUCUCAUCUCGCCUUGGCUUUGCUUGGUGGAUGUGUAUGCAUGAGUUCUGCACCGAAUGGGCGCAAGAACCGCCCCAGGUCACAGGGACCCCACUUCCAAAUAGCCAACAAAUCUCUCCCUGGAGACUUUGACCGUAGGGGGAGCUCAGAGAGCCCCCUCAAAUCUCAGAGAACCCUGGAGCACUGCAAAAUGCUUGUCCAGGAUUUCAACACCCAGGUGGCUUUGUAUCGCGAGUUAGUCAUUUCCAUUGGGGACGUAUCAGUAAGUUGUCCCUCCCUGAGGGCAGAAAUGCACAAAACCCGAACCAAAGGCUGUGAGAUGGCACUCCAGGCGCACCAAAAACUCUCAGCAAUCUCCGGGGCAGAAGAUGGAGAGAUACAUCCUGAAAUAUGCCGGCUCUACAUCCAACUACAAUGCUGUCUAGAAAUGUAUACAACAGAAAUGCUGAAAUCUAUGUGUCUUUUAGGGUCUCUUCAACACCAGCGGAAAGGGAAGGAUCCAUGCAUAGGUUCCAAAAUCAUAGAUUACAAAAUGGACGAAAAUUCUGAAAUUCCAAUUUUAGAAGAUACAUCAUCAACACCCACAGAUGUUCAGCAGCAUUCUUGGCAGGUUUCCAUCGAUAUCGAUAACACAGAAAGAGACAUGAGAGAAAUGAAAAACCUCUUAAGCAAACUCAGGGAGACCAUGCCUCUGCCAUUAAAAAACCAAGAUGAUAGCAGCCUCCUAAACUUAACACCAUAUCCACUUGUCCGGAGGAGAAAGAGAAGAUUCUUUGGACUCUGUUGCCUUAUCUCAAGCUAAAAUUUUCAAAGUAGCCAUCCUUUCAACAAAUACAUUUUUUUAUUUGCCCUUUCAAUCAUAAAUCAUUCAAAUGGGUUAUUCCUUAUGUAUCGAGUGUUGCUACCAUUACGGUUCCUCUUUUAUACUUUGAAGAUGAAUGCCAUGACUGUACCGAACAGAACUGAAAAACAUAAAAAUGUUUCAAAAAGCAUGCAACAUUUAAAGUUACAAGUGGUUUGUUCAGAUGGUUCUGAUACAUCGCUUCUGGAAUACACAGAGGAUAAACAAAUAUGCAAAAUGCUUUGAUAGCCUAGUAUUAUGCUAUAAAAGAACAAUCAACACAGCACCACAACGGAGGUUUCAUGUGGAAAGCUUGAUCGAUGCUGUGCCAUGUAUAUUGUCUAAUGUGGUUUAAAAGCCAAAUAAUGACUUAUAACAGUACUUUAUUUUGUAUCCUUUUUCUUGCACCAAUCAUACGUAGUCUUCCACAAUGCAUCAGGAUAUUUCCAAGACCUCAGCCAAGAUUAUAACCUGUUAAGAAAGUGGCGAAAAAAGAUUGAAAUAAAAUAUAUUUAUGGAUUAUGCAUAUACUGUAAUGUUGACGAUGAUCAUCAGUAUUUUCCUUUAAAUCCGAUGGUAUGACUCUCACAAUUUUGAAAAUGUAAAAUGUGUAUCUAUGUAUAUGUAUUUAUGUAUUUAUCUACGUCAAUGUAUAUAGAUCUAUAUCUCUAUAUAGUUAGAUAUAUUUAUGGGUUUUAACUACUAAACAGUGACUUGUUGCGGACUUGAUAACCAAGUUGCAAAGCUUAAUGCGAAAUAACACUGAGAAAUCAAAACCUUUUUUUCAACCUCAGUUAAUUUAUCCAUAACUUUGCAAUUCAGUUGCCGACUAAAAACUCACUGUUUAGUGAUUGAACCACUUACUCCGAAUCCUUCUGUCUCUGAGAGAAAAUGCAAAUGCUAUAUACAUACAUAAUAUAUAUAUAUAUAUAUAUAUAUUAUGAAUGUAUACAACUUCCCCACAUAUAUUCUCAUAAAUCAGUAAUAAAACCAAUAUCAUAUCUUGUUAUUAUGGAGAGUUGAAGCAUGGUGUGUGCACAUUGACAUAGUGCCUAGUGUUAAACAUUGUAAGGCAUGACGGAAUUAGCUCAGAUUGUAAUAUAAUCUACAUUUUACAUAAUGUUAAUAAACAUUUUUUUUUAGUUAAA